AAAUUUAAAAUCGAGUACGAAAGUGCGCGUUAGAAUUUAGAAACCCGAGGGGAAUAGGGGGUUUUGUGGGUUCUUCAUUUCCACCGCGAAGCCGAAGGUUAGGCAUCCAAAGCGAAUGGGCAGUGCAGAAAAGCUAUGGCUUCCACUUCCUAUGAAAUUGAUAGACGCAUUUGGAUUUGAAAUAGAGGGUUGAAGGAUUUCGGAACUUGAAACGAAGAACGUUUGAGUGUGAAAUGAAGAAGGAAAACGCUGGCAACCGUGGAUCGGGGGUUUCAGGUUCGCGUAGGACGCGUUCUCAGAUAGCAGUAGCACCGGGUUGGACGGCGGCGGAUUGUCUUGUUCUUGUCAAUGUGAUUGCGGCCGUGGAGGCUGAUUGUUUGAAAGCUUUGUCUAGCUAUCAGAAAUGGAAGAUUGUUGCAGAGAACUGCACGUCUUUGGAUGUGGUUCGAACUUCGAAUCAGUGCAGGAGAAAGUGGGACUGUUUGUUGAUUGAACACGAUGUUAUCAAGCAAUGGGAGUUAAAAAUGCCGGAUGAUGAUUCUUAUUGGUGUUUGGCGAGUGGAAGGAGAAAAGAAUUGGGACUUCCUGAAAAUUUUGAUGAGGAGCUGUUCAAAGCAAUUGAUAAUGUCGCAUCGAUGAGGGCAAAUCAGUCUGAUACGGAGCCCGAUAGUGAUCCGGAGGCUGCUAUUGGGAACGCUGAUGAAAUUGCAGAGCCGGGGCCUAAAAGGCAAAGACGUCGUUCAAUGUCUAAAAGCAAUCAAGUUCUUGAGAAGUCUCUGGAAUGUGAGAGAAAUCUGGGGCUUGAGAUAUCUUUAGAAUGUAAAGAAGUAGAAGAUAGAGGCGAAAGAGGAGGAGAAGAAGUAGAAGAAAAACCUCUAUUAAGCUCUCCAGAACUAGAGCCUCGUGAAUGCUACAUCAAAAGCAACGAAUCAAAGGUGACUGAUAAUAUCGAACCCAAAGAGCAAAUGAUGGCAAAGUUUUUGCUUGAAAAUGCAGAAAAAGUUCAAGCAAUUGUGUCUGAGAAUGCCGAAUAUACAACUUCUGAUGAAAAGUGUGCCAAGGACCAAACUAAUUUGGUAAGGCAUCAAGGGAGCAAGCUUAUCAGAUGCCUUGGAGAUAUUCUCAACACUAUUAACGAUCUCCGUGGCCUGCUCGAAGAUUGUGAGUGACUCUCGUUACAAGAAUCUCGGUUUUCAUUAACCCACCAAGUAAGAGUUUCUCUCCAACGGUAUUUUCAACUCCUAGUGUUUUGUUAGCAUGUCUUGGGAAAUUGACAAUUUGAUGACAUAUUACAUGAUGGCCGUGUAAGCAACGGUAAAACGUUGUCGACAUUUUCCAGGUUAUAGAUAGAAAACCCAAUCCAAUGUUUAUUUAUGAAAAUCUCUUUUUGUUCUUU